GGCGGAGUGGCUACCAUGAGUGAGGAGUGUGCAAAUCCCCUAUUAUUGGGAUGGAUCAAAGAAUGGUUGGACCAAGCCCGCGAGCGGAACAGCAAGGGCGUGACAGUCUACAAAAAGGCAUACGAGUCGAUGAAAGCAUGUCCACUGGAAUUUCAGCACCCAUCUGAGGCCCAGCAGCUCAACGGACUGGGUCCUAAGCUUUGCGAUCGUCUAACGGACAAACUCAAAGCUCAUUGUGAGGAAAAUGGGCUUCCCAUGCCCGAGCCUCCUGGCAAAGCCAGCAAGCGAACAUCUGACACGGGUGUUGCCGAACAACCCGCGAAAAAGCCCCGGAAAGCUAAGCCUUACGUUCCAGCUCUGCGGUCUGGUCCUUAUGCCCUUUUGCUCGCAUUGGCGACUAUAGGGGAAAAUGCAUCCCAGGGAAUGACCAAAGCCCAAUUGAUCGAUACAGCUCAGCCGUAUUGUGAUAGCUCCUUCACGGCACCUACAGAUCCGACCAAAUUCUACACUGCUUGGAAUUCCAUGAAAACCCUCAUACAGAAAGAUUUGGUUUAUGAACAUGGUCGACCCCUCAGGAAAUAUGCGCUUUCUGAGGAUGGCUGGGAUGUUGCCAAGCGUAUUCAAAAGACCCUACCUGGCUCGGCGAAUUUGACAACCUCUGAGUCUCAACCCCAGACUGGUCUUGCAUCAGCCGACCAGGAUGACACGGAGGAUUCACCACAAUCCACACAACUGAACGCCCUGUUUCAGCGAUCAGAUGUUGAUGGGCCUGUCGAGCCCAUUCCGCUUCCCCAGGGCACUUUCACAGUUGAACUUGUGCUGGAUACUCGCGAAGUCCGUACUAAAACAGACCGAGAUUACAUCGCGAACGAACUCAUCAAACAAGGCAUUACCCCCCAGGUGCGUGCCCUAGAGCUAGGCGAUGCAAUGUGGGUGGCCAAGUGCCAUGAUUCCGCUUUUCUCUCCCGCCAUGGUGAGGAAGGCGAGGAAGUGAUGUUGGACUGGAUAGUUGAAAGAAAACGCUUGGAUGAUCUUAUUGGGUCUAUCAAAGACGGACGAUUUCGAGAACAGAAAUUUCGUCUCCGUCGCUCAGGCAUCAAGAAUGUCAUCUACCUAAUUGAGGAAUUCUCUAUCACCCACCCGGAGGCCGGGGGUGGUGCACAGAAAUAUCAGGAGAUGGUUGCCUCGGCCAUUGCCUCGACGCAGGUGGUCAACGGGUACUUUGUUAAAAAGACACGCAAUUUGGAUGACUCAAUCCGCUAUUUGGCGCGAAUGACCCUGCUCCUCCGGAAGAUGUAUGGGGCCAUGGAGUCGCCUGAUCAAGAGUCCGACACCAAUAAUUUUGGAGCUUCUUCUUCGCCUUCAAAGAUUUCGGUCAUUCCUAGUCGUCAGAUAUCCUCCACGCAAUCCUACGUGGCGCAGUUGGACAAAUUUCGCGCUCAGGAUUCUUCCCUCACAUAUGGGGUGACAUUUUCUACCUUUUCAGCUUUAACUUCCAAGUCGGAUGUUCUGUCUCUCCGAGAUAUCUUCUUGAAGAUGCUUAUGUGUACGCGUGGCGUGACUGGCGAAAAGGCCCUUGAGAUCCAGCGGCAUUGGCAAACCCCACGGGGUUUGGUUGAGGCCUACAUGGCCCUAGACCCUAAAGAUCGCGAUGCAAUGGUUUCAGAUAGAUUACAAUCGUUAGUGGGGAGGAAAAAAAUUGCCAAGGCCGUGAGUAAACGUAUUGCCGAAAUUUGGGGGCAGAGUGGAUAG